CGCAUAAUGUGAGGCGCAGUGGUUGACCAUCGUUGAUGCUGAGUUUUACCUGUGAUUACUCUUCGAGGGUAUCCCCCUGUCCAUGUCCAGGCUGCGAGUGCCACGAGGCCAAUGUCUUAAACCUGACACGUGGCAGAAGCCCAGACAUCCAUGCAAGCUUGAAUAAGAAAAACAAUUUCUUCCUCCUAAGCCAUGGCAUAUCAGCUGUACAGAAACACCACUUUGGGAAACAGUCUUCAAGAGAGCCUAGAUGAGCUCAUACAGUCUCAACAGAUCACCCCCCAACUUGCCCUUCAAGUUCUACUUCAGUUUGAUAAGGCUAUAAAUUCAGCAUUGGCUCAGAGGGUCAGGAACAGAGUCAAUUUCAGGGGCUCUCUAAAUACGUACAGAUUCUGCGAUAAUGUGUGGACUUUUGUAUUGAAUGAUGUUGAAUUCAGAGAGGUGACAGAACUUAUUAAAGUGGAUAAAGUGAAAAUUGUAGCCUGUGAUGGUAAAAAUACUGGCUCCAAUACUACAGAAUGAAUAGAAAAUGGUGGCUUUUGUAUGCCAUCUUCUGUUAUUAUUCAUCACUUUUUGAAGAGAAGCAUAGAAGAGACUUUUUUGAAUUUAUUCUAGCAUUGCAGAAAUGACUAUACUGCUAUACCAGACAGUUCCCAUAGAAAGAAGCUGAUAACUCUGUAGCCUCUUGCAUUACCUUUAUUAUACAGCAUGAAAAAACAUAACUUUUUUUAAUGACAGAUCAAAAGUUGUUGCCUUCCUGAGAACAUUCUUUAAUAAACUCAUUUUAAAACUCGG